AUGCACCGGGAUUUAGCUGAUCGAACGGCCGCGGAGGGUAUAGAAACCCCUGUGUUCCAUGACUUUGCUCAGAAAUCUGACACCAAGAUACGGCUACGACGACUUCAAGACCCACAGCCGCAAGGCUUCUCUAAGAAACCCGCUGGAUACAUGGUCUUCCUCGUUUCAUUGGCUGACGAUAUCAAAGGACAGACGAUCGCCAACUGGUUGAAGGUGGCAGCACCAAAGGAGAUCGCAGCUGUGGACAUCGAGGCCCUGGUACUCCGGGCCCGCCAACUCGAAGGACUGCAAGACGGAGCCUUCACCCCUGGGUCCAUGCUCGGAAAACUGAGCCAGUCUGCGAAAAAUGAGAUCGUGCAGGCCUUGCGAGGUCUCCACACGACCAUGGCGCUCACCUCCCAGCAUGCCGAGCACGAUCAGGCUUCGGAAGUCGAGGACAGGACUACACGGGUGGCCCAGACUGACUUCGGUGCGAUCCAACGGUCCGUCUCUGCGGUCUGCAGUGCCGUCGAGACCCCGGUGUUACAAGACCUCGACGAGACCGACCAGCAAUUGGCAGAACAGGAUCCGUUGAUCGCGACGACGGGUACGAGGGGUGCUCUUUCUCUGCGAAAGGCCGUGCUAAGCCCUACGGGGGGAUCUGAGGAAGCGACAGAGAUCCCGAGCGAGAAGCUGCGGUACGACAGGAACUCGGACGAUGUCUCAACACGAAAGCUUGCCACGCUGGGGCAGGACCGGGUCCUGAUAGAAAUCUUUUACUACGAUGAAAGCCCCCAGGACGAGCAGCUCCCAGGACCACAUACGCAGGUCCAGAGGAUGGCCAAAUUACUCUGCCAGGCCGAGCCGCUUAACUUUCAUGUCCUUCCCUGUCAGGGCUUCUUUCACAACGAAGUUCGACGUGAGAUCGGGCUUGUCUUCAAGAUCCCUUUCGAAAUGGAGGAUAAAGUCCAGCCCACGACACUCUUGCAGCUAUAUGCGAGGUAUCCCGUGAUGCCGCUCGGCCACCGGAUCCACCUGGCACAAUCUCUCGUCAAUGCGAUUGACCACUUUCACCGUGUUGGAUGGGUCCACAAGAGUAUCAGGAGUAACAACAUUGUCUUCAUUCCGUCAUCGAUUCCCUUAGAGGACGGGGUUGUUGAGGAGGCAAGCCACCAUGAGAGUGGCAAUAGCUCAGCGCGCUGGAAAUAA